CUAUUUGCCUCGAGCUCUAGUACGGUAGAGGCAGCAAGGACUCGGAGUCCAAUCAAGAUCAUGACAUCUCGUAGAGCGAUCAUUGUGCAAGGAGUCAUCCUGACCACCCAUCGUCCAUGGGUACUUGAGUAACCAAGACACGAGCGGUCACACGUCCCCUUGACUUUGCUUGCGGUCCCGUAAUUCUUUCCUUGAAGAUUCUUUAUAUAGAUCAGGCUACUCACAUAAUAUUUUUUCAGGGCACUUUGUCAGCGCUUUGAUGACUUCUGAUCAUGCACGCAGUCUGGUGCAGUCUAUUAGUGCGGAACCUUCCUUACUGCGCAUGCACGAAUGUGGUAGCGGCUUAAUAUUGUCAGCCCUUCUCCCGUACGGUAACGAUGUAUCGGUGGUGUCAAUAAUAGCCAAAUCCGAUAAGCCUCGAGCUCUAGCUAUUGUCCGAGUAGCAAAUGAAGCCGUUACAUUCCCGCUCACAAUAGUGUGAGAUGAUCUUAAACUGUAUCCAUGUUUCGGCAAGCCAACCGUUGGUGCCUCAAGUCAACCUGGUCGUUCAUAUAAAAGAACGCGGCUUACUGCUACAUCCUGUCACCCUCGUAAAUUAUCAGCUUCUUGCUGCUUUCGUUUUCUUCGUCAUGGUGUCCCGGUCGCAGGCCUUUGUCUUCGUCACUGUCGCCUCAUUCAUUCUACUCGCAAAGGCACAACAGACCUCUGGCACUCCCCCAAGCAGCUGGCCUCAAAUAUACCCUGGAAUGCCGAAUGGUAGCUACAACACGGAGUGGCAGGACUACUUCCAGGUGACCGAGAAUCUGCCAAAUGUUACAUGGUCUCUCGCUCGUAAUUGGGCAGGGAACAUUCCUGUUCAGAGAGAGGGUCAUCCAAAUGACACCUUGUUCUUCUGGGCAUUUGAGAGCGAGGAAGGUUCUUUCACUUCUACUUCGACUGACGCACCCUGGGGUAUUUGGCUAAAUGGGGGACCCGGCUCGUCAAGUCUCGUUGGCCUAUUGUUCGAGAAUGGCCCGAUCCAAGUACAAAACGACUAUUCGCUACUUGAAAACCAGUAUGCAUGGAGCACAGUAGCAGACUACGUCUGGAUAGACCAGCCAGUCGGCGUUGGUUUUGGAACUGCUGAUUCCACUGGUUAUAUUUUUGACGAGGAUCAAAUGGCAUCGGACUUCUUUGGAUUCUUGGAUAAUCUUGUCAAGGUCUUCCCUGGCUUGGCCAAGCGCCCAUUGCAUCUGACCGGUGAAAGCUAUGCCGGCAUGUAUAUACCUUACAUCACGAAAGCUUACUUCGAGAUGGAGAAUCCGCCAAUUACAUUGGCCAAGAUAGCUAUGGGAGAUGGCUCUAUUGCUUCUGGAGAGACAUUUGAACUCCUCCCGGUGCUUAGUGUCCUUGAGACAUACCCGCAGGUGAUCGGGUAUGACACCGAUGUCUUUGAGUACUUCCGUGAACAAGAAGCGCUUUGCGGCUAUGAUCUUACCCUUGAAUAUCCCCAAAACGGACACUUGCCAACUUUGACUUACAUUCCUGGAGAAAACCCUGAUUCAUCUGAUAUGUCGGCAUCGGGGCGAUACAAAGCCCGACAAGGUCGAUUCUCCAAGAAGCUAUUUCUGGCCGAAAUGGAACAGAGGUACAAUGCACGUCUAGCAAAGCGGAGCACUAGUUUGUCCAAACAUGAGCGCCUGCGUGCGCGGGAUGCUUGGCAACGUGAUCUAGCUGGCCGUGCAAAUGGCACCAUCGACGCAUGGUACGGGUGCGAUGUUUACGAUGAGAUGCUGGAUUAUGCCAUCAACUUCACCUUCCCGUGGUCACUCAGUAAGGACUCUGGAGGGAUGUUCGACGUAUAUAACAUUCCAGAUGCGCUAAACCCUGAGGCACCUAUGGAUGGGUCAGUUUUUUUGAACGACCCACAAACUCGUGCUGCCAUCCAUGCACCGACAAGCAUGAAUUGGACAGAGUCCAUCUACUACCCAUUCGGCAACAACUAUUCUAAUUAUGAUCCGAGUGUCGAACCUAUGGCAUUCCUUACGGACUUGGCCACGAAUGCCACAGCCCGCAACGUCUCUGUUGUCAUAUUCUCCGGAAAUGAUGACUCACUCAUUCCUCACCUUGGUUCACAAAUUACUAUUCAAAACACCACCUUUGGCGGGAUUCAAGGCUUUACGCGCAAACCGUCGACACCAUGGUAUGACGAUAAUGGCGAAUUCGCCGGUAUUGUGCAUCAGGAACGUAACUGGACUUAUGUUCUUGUUGACCACGCAGGCCACCUCGUUGGUUACACAAAUCCCGAAUCAGCUCUCGUCUUCAUCAGGGAGUUUGUCUUUGGAAGUAACCAGACUGGGCUAGUCACCGACACUUCCUCGGGAUCUGUGACUGUCAUAGGUGGCGAGGUCUCUUCCCUGGCAAAUGAGAUUAUGACAGGACAGGCUGCCAUCUACUAUGGCUCAGCGACUACCGAAUCCACAUAUUACUUCCCAACCGCCACAGUGGAGGCAUGGAAUGCCUAUAUUGCAACCGCUACUACCACGCCUAUGUGAUGAUUGCGUCGGCGAGGCAACUGGGAAGCGCUGCAUUGGCGCAGAUAGGUAGAACAUGGCACUGGGGAGUGUCAUCGUGGUGAUAGUGCUAUUGCAUUAUAAGGACUAAUUAACAUUAAUUAUUGAACGGACAUAGGGCAUGUUUACAUGUACUUGUGUAGUUCUUACAAGGCAUAUUUUCAACACCAAUUUGUGGCACAGCACGAAGUUAGG